ACCCCAUCUGACGGUCCCGACCGGUCCCUAUCAAUCGAUCAGCGAGAGGAAGAUGGCGCUGAACUGAGGCAACAGCCGUCAACUGCACAGGAUCGAUCACCGAAAAACUCGAUCGAGUCUAUUUUUGAGAUAAAUUCCAAUAUCCAUCUGGGUUACAAUUUCAAGGACCCGUCAAAGGAGCAAGCAUAAGCACGCGAUUCGGUGAGUCUGUGGCAUCUUGUCCCUGUCAUCUAUAAACCUUUGAAGCACAAUGGAGUUCCCGUGGCACAGUGGGAAGGUUCUGGAGCAGCUGAACAAUCAGCGCCAACAGGGUUUAUUGUGUGACUGCACAUUUGUUGUGGAUGGAGUAGAUUUCAAGGCGCACAAAUCUGUGCUGGCAGCCUGCAGUGUCUACUUUCGCACUCUCUUUUUGGACCAGAAGGAUGUGGUACACCUGGACAUCAGUAAUGCAGCAGGUUUGGCCCAGGUCCUGGAAUUUAUGUAUACAGCCAAGCUGAGUUUAACUUCUGACAAUGUGGAAGCUGUGGUUGCUGUUGCAAAUUUCCUACAAAUGGAAGAGAUUGUAAACGCUUGCUCAGUUUACCAGUCGGUGAACGAUCCAGCGCCGUCCCCUAACACGCUGGAUGUUGCUGAAGGAGAAAAGCCAGCUGAAGAACAGCCACGAGAAGAACAUGACAGUGAUCUGGCAGAGGUAGUAUUCCAGGCUGACCAGAAACCUUCCACAACCUUCACAAAAGAUGACAACCUUACAGAAAAUCAGGACCAAGACAAACACACCACUGUGCAAACACAGAUCACAGAAGUUUCAGAGUUAAGCCCCGCCAAAAGCUUCUCAGUUAGUGCACCGCCUACCAAAAGCAGUGCCGGACAAAAAAGAACACCUGUAAAGACUGAGGAGGAGAAGGAUGGUGAUGCUGUACAGGACCCAACAUCCACAUUUCAGGACGACCUCUCUGAUGUCGACUACACACCGUAUGCGCCCAUCAAAUCUGUCAGCAACCCCAUUAUCACUUCUCGUGGUAGACGAAUUAGGAAACCUCCUCGCCGAAACUUCCCAUCUGAUAAUGACACAGAUGAUGAAGACAUAAAAAAUAAAUCCAAGAAGAAAGUGGCAAGGCCAUGCCAGGAAGAAGAAUAUGAGGACGUGGAUGAAGAAGACAUAUCCACCGAGCAACAUUCAGAAGCCAGUCAACCUGCGGGAGACGGGGGCAAUGACGGAGGAGAGAAAACUGUCCACUCCACCACUAUCAGCAGCAGAUCCGAGUCGAAGCCUUACAGCUCUGUGACACACAAAUGUGAGGACUGUGGGAAAAAAUUCACGCACACUGGCAAUUUCAAAAGACACAUGCGCAUUCACACGGGUGAGAAGCCAUUUACUUGCCGAGACUGCAACAAGGCUUUCUCAGAUGCAGCGGCUUGUAAAGCUCAUGAGAAAACACACAGUCCUCUGAAGCCCUACUCCUGCUCAAUUUGUGGAAAGAGCUACCGUCAGAUCAGCCUGCUCAACCUGCACCGCAAGCGGCACACUGGGGAGGCACGCUACAGCUGCGAGUCUUGCGACAAGCUCUUCACCACAUCAGGGAAUCUAAAGCGCCACAGGCUGGUGCACAGUGGUUUGAAGCCGUAUCGCUGUGAAUACUGCGACAAGGCCUUCUCGGAUCCCACUGCCAAAAUGCGACACUUGGAGACGCACGACGCCAACAAGGGCAACAAGUGUCCGCAUUGUGACAAACGUUUCAAUCAGCCCGGAAAUCUGAAGGCCCACUUAAAAAUCCACAUUGCAGAUGGACCCCUCAAGUGCAGAGAAUGCGGAAAACAAUUUACCACCUCGGGAAAUCUGAAGCGUCACUUACGGGUCCACAGUGGCGAGAAACCAUACGUCUGUACUCAUUGCCAAAGAGCAUUCAGUGAUCCUGGAGCUCUGCAGCGGCACGAACGCAUCCACACAGGAGAGAAACCCUGCGUGUGUCCCACCUGUGGCAAAGCCUUUACCCAGGCCAGCUCCCUUAUUGCCCACGUCCGACAGCACACCGGAGAGAAACCCUACGUGUGCGAUCGUUGUGGUAAAAGGUUUGUACAGUCCAGUCAACUGGCUAAUCACAUUCGCCACCAUGACAAUGUCCGCCCUCACCAGUGUCAAUUGUGUGACAAGUCAUUUGUCAACGUGGGUGACCUUUCUAAGCACAUCAUUGUUCACACAGGAGAGAAACCUUUCCUGUGUGACAAGUGUGGCAGAGGCUUUAACCGCGUAGAUAAUCUGCGCUCUCACAUAAGGACUGUCCACCGUGGCCAUGCUGGCAUGAAGCGGAAGCGUUCCGGCGCUGGCAGCUGCUCAGACGAGGAGGUCGACGGCUGCGUCAGGGCAUCCGCAUCGGAUGCUGAGAUCAACAUCGUAACAGUCAGUGAGGAUAUUGUUACCCUGGCAACGGAAGCCCUAGCAGCCAGCACUGUGACUCAACUCACAGUGUUGCCAGUUGAUGCAUCCGUGUGUGCUGAUGAAACUGAAGCUUUGAAAGCGGAAAUUACCAAGGCAGUAGAGAAAGUACAAGAAUCAGACCCCAACACACAGAUACUUUAUGCCUGUGAUUCAUGUGGAGAUAAAUUCCUGGAUGCUACUUCGCUAGCACAGCAUGUGCGCAUUCACACAGCCCAGGCCUUGGUCAUGUUUCAAGCAGACUCUGACUUCUAUCAGUACACUGCAGUGACCACUGCUGAGGGGGACAGCACCGCAGCGUGGCAGCCUGCGGCCGAACAGGUGAUCCAGGAAGGGGAGCUGAUAUUCCAUGGCGAUGAUGGAGAGCGAAAUACAGAAGAGGGGAUCAUGGUGGAGGCACAGAGGGAAGGAGGGCUGCUUGAUGGGAAGAGCAAGGAGGAUAGACAGCUCGAGAUGCUGGCUGAGCUCCAGAAGGAUCAAAAAGCUGAAGGACAGCUAAUUGUCUGUGAAGUUCAGGUGUAGCCAUGUUCACUUAUAGAGGCUAUGGGAAGAUUACAUGUUAAAGGUGUGUCAGUAGUGCAAAAAAAAUCAACACCAUGCACUGGAUGCAACACAUUAUAAAGGUAGCCAUCGAGGGAACAUUAGUAAUUUUUAUAAUUACACUGUACUUAACAAAUCUGUUUAUCUUGCAAUGUAAUCCUGGGUAGUAAUUUGUCCCCUGUGCAAAAAAAUAUAUAUACACCCUCCUGGUACUCAGUAAGAUUAUGUACAUUUUUCUUAACAAAAUAUUUUAUGUAUGGAGUAUUUUUACUAUAAAAAUAAUUUAGUAUGUUAUAAUUAUUAUGUCUUCCAGUAAUUUAGUAUGUUAUAAUUAUUAUGUCUUCCAAGUCUCAUGUGUGGGUUAAAUAUUACCCUGUUUACAUUUUACGCUUUAGGACUAUUCAAAUUUCCUAACAGUAAAAUUGUCACAAGUUUGCAAAUCAGCAAAGUCAGAAAUGGUAAUGCACCUGAAGUGGACCUCUAAAAGUUAAAAUAAAUAAACUCUUUGUUUUUAUACUCCUAUAUUCCACUGAAUGAGUAGUCUUGGAUGAAGUUUGUGGCAUGUCUGAUGUAAAGAAUGGUGACCGUGUUGCUGUUGGUCAAAUAUCACUGUUGCUGCAGAGUUCCCUAUUUGAGUCAUAUCAUCAAAAAUUGAAUUAAAAGCUAUUUGUU